UGUGUUGCAGCGAGGAGACAUAAACUCCUCCAGCGUGUCUCUGAGUCCGCAGCAGCAGCAGCCAUGGGAAUUUUCAGUUCUAAAACCCCUCCACCCCCUCCACCCUCUCCACUCCUCAGUGCUCCGUGGAGGACAGUCAACUGGAGAGACAAACAUAAUGACCUGCAGUAUGUGAAGGACUAUAAACCUCACGUUGAAGGCCAUCAGCUCAGGAUUCUCCUGUAUGGACUGGGGGGAGCUGGAAAGUCCAGUUUCAUCAACUCUGUGGACAGUGUCUUACAAGGCAGAAUCUGCACCCAGGCCGCAGUGGAUACCAUCGGUCAUGACAGCUUCACCAAACAGUACAAAACCUACAAUUUCAAAAAAGGAAACCCAGACACCUUUUCUUCUUUUGUCAUCAACGACAUCAUGGGCCUGAAAAGUGGCAGCAACAGAAACAGAAAAGUCCACGUGAAAGAUGUCAAACGGGCGAUGAAGGGAAAUAUGAGAGACACUUACACGUUCAAUCCUGAAAGUAAGUUAUCCAAGGAGGAUCCAUACUACAACGAUUCCCCGACUACAAACGACAAGGUGCACAUUCUGGUUUGUGUCGUUGAUGCCAACACAUUCUCUCAGAUGACUGAAAAAGUUGUGGAGACAAUAAUGGACAUCAGAGAUGAGGCCGCUGAUCUGGGAAUUCCUCAAGUGGCCAUUCUUACCAAAAUUGAUGAGGCCUGUCCUGAAAUUAAAGGAGACAUAAAGAAUGUGUACAAGAGCAAAGAACUGAAGAAGAAGAUGGAGAUGUUCAGCAAAACAGUGGGUAUUCCAAUGAACUGCAUCUUCCCUGUGAAGAACUACAGUUCAGAACUCGAAGUCGACGAUGAAACUGAUUAUCUGAUCCUGAACGCGAUGAGACGCAUGAUUGACUCCGGAAAUGACUUCCUCAACAAAAUUCCUCGUCAACUUAACUAAAUCAGUCUCAUAAAAUGUAUUAACUGUCAAUCUGGAACUCUUACUAAUAAUUAACUUCAUAAGCAUAACAAAUAACCAUAUCAGUAUUUAGUAACCGUUGGAGUUCUUUUCAUAGAAGAGGUUGGCAUUGUUCAUUUAUGUACAACAUUAAAGUGACAGCAUGAGUAUUCCAAAAAGCAUGUAUACAUAAAUAAAGUCAAAUAAAACACACAAUAUCUAAUCUAAACAGACUACUGUGUUGGAAAGCAGACAUAUGCCUUAUAUUGUGUUUGGUCUACUGGGAUUAGGAUCCUUUGAUGAAGAAAAGUAGGGAAAGUGGGUUCCUGCUUGGGUCCAGCUGCAGAUACUGUUGUAGUCAAGGGUAGUAGUGAAGACUCACUCUGAUUCUGGGUUUGGCUCCUGUUGCUUCCAAAGAUAUUCAGCUGCCACUUAAUGAAUCAGAAAAUUAGAAAAUAUGAUGCAUUUUCCAUUCGUAUCAGUCCAGUAUUCACAAAUGAGCGAAAUCCAUCUGUGGCGCCAACAAAACUAUAUUUUAUAACAAAUAUACUAUGUUUCUAACACAUUAUUCACCUGGUAAUAACAAUAGAAUUCAUGAUGCUUUGGAUAAAAUGUUUUAAAUGUUUUUAUUCAGUGAAAUUAUCAUAUACAGUAACACACAUAGGCUAUAAUAGGCUAUUGUGCCGGUUAUAGCCCAUGUGUGCCUCUGUGCCACUGUUAAAGCAAUGCCUUUCAAACUGUUUUGUGUUUUAUUAGUCAUUAUCUCUGCCUAAUAUCUGGUUGUGACUGAUAAAGCUGUGUGGAGUUUAGGAGAAAAUAUGAAAUCAAGCUGAACUGCACGUUUUAUCACCAGAAUGUCGUAUAGAAUGUGAUGUUAAAAAUAAAGCCAGGACCUUCACUGUGGUUGACAGACCUUUCAUUUGACUGGACUGAGCUGUGGUCCUUCAGAAUAAAAGCAGCUUGUAUCAGAGAGC